AUGUCCGCCCUUCAGCUGCAAAAUGAGAGUUAUGUAGAGUCCGGAAUGGGUGACAUGAUUCUUCGUCGUUUUACAGAUUGCAAGAACUUUCCGUUACAACCCGGAGAUAAAUAUCUGCCACAGGUUUAUGAGUGUCUCAUAACUAUCGAGGGAGAGGCAGAAUUUAUAUGGCCAUCCCGGUUUGCACUUCCAAAAGCACUCUAUUUUGCAAAUCGUUAUUUGCCAAUAGCCUCAACAGCCCUCAUAACAUAUUGCCUGCCAGUACUUGUUUCUGACACCAACCACAACAAUUGCAAAGUUGUUCUAGUCAUUGCCACCUUAUUGGCCUGCACGUGCUAUUUUUGUGCAGAAGUAUCGCUGGGCUUGCGUGCAUAUGCAGUAUGGGGACUAAAUCGAACAGUUCUUAUCCUCCUGGUAAUCAUUGCAAUUCCUCCCCUGUCCAUCUGUUCCAUUCUGGGUGCAUUUUUUUCGAGAAAAAUACAUAUGGUUGGAAGUUAUGCCUUAUUCUUGUUUCUAAUGCAACAGAUCACACUUGAUGUUCGUCUCAUCACACGGGCAGUCGUUUUUGGCCUCCUGUUGGCAAGAGCUAUUAAAUAUUAUCGUGAAUCAGGGUUAUUCGGUGAUCUUCUGAAGGAAAUGCUGACUGGAGAUGAGAUUAAUAAACAUAUAAUUGCAGAUGCUGAAGCCCAUAGAAUAGGCCACAAGCAGUCCUCUGUUGCGUUAUAA